UGGGUCAGAGGACAUCCUGGGACAGCUGGACAUCCUGGGUCAGCUGGACAUCCUGGGACAGCUGGACAUCCUGGGACAGCUGGACAUGGGACACAGCAGGAAAUUCCCCGCCCUUCUGACAUACAGCGACUCAUGUGACUACAGAGUGGUCAUCCUGAUGCGGGAGAGAACUCAGGGCAACAGCGUCACGCAGCUUCACAAGAAGCUGCAAGAGGAGCACAGCGCAGCGUGGACCCGCCGCACGCUGGACUACUUUGCUGCCUGUGAGCCCUUCACUGACUCCUGUCUGGUCGAGCCGCCAGUGUUCUCUGCCCCCCCGCCCCUCCCGGCCCUCCCUAAACCCAAGUGGCUUCUGGCUGUGUACGCCAGGGACGUCCUGUCACGGCUGCCUGAGGUAAAGGCCAGAAUAACCUCUGUGUUUGGCUCCGUGCUCAAGAUGGACUCCACCAAAAAGGUUACCAAGAAAGUGGCCGGUGCAGCUGCCAACACAGCUGGGUGGUGCACCAAUGUGGGCAACGAGCACGGCCAGGUUCUGGUGUGGGUCCUGACAGCAGCAGAGGGCCAUGGACUGUGGCCCAUGGCGGCUGGUCUUAUGAGGCGCUACAGGGAGGCAGGAGUGGCACCUCCUGUCAUAAUGUAUGUGGAGCGGGACUGCUGCAGCCCCCACGGACAGUCACAGGUCAGGGCCAUGUUCGCUGAGUGGAGGGAGCUUCAGGUGCGCCUGGACAUCUGGCACUUCAUGCGGCGUUUUGCAGCAGGAGUCACCACUGAGGCUCAUCAGCUGUAUGGAAUAUUCAUGGCUCGACUGUCCAGGUGCAUCUCUGAGCUGGAUCCGGCAGAUGUUGCUGCUCUUAGGCUGGCCAAGCAGGGGCAGCUUCUGGCCCAGGGAGUUGGUCCAGUCUCUGAGAAGGCCCUGGACCAGAUGAUCACCAGGAGGGAGUUGGCUCUUCACUGCUGCAAGAGGACCAGGGGAGCAGAGGAGACAGCCAGGAGGAUCAAGGCCCUGGUCGAUGAGAUGGACAGUGAGAAGGGGAGGGACACUCUGGGAGGACCACUGGUGGACCACGAGUGCAUUCAGCAGGUCUGGAAGGAGCAGCAGAGACACAUCACCUGUAUUCAGGACCCAGAGGGCUUCUCUCUGUACCUGAAGACAGGCACACUGAAGAAGGGUGGUGUGGACCUCUGCUGCUACCGCUGUGCUCGUGGCUCCACCUCCUUGGAGUCCUUCCACCUCCAUCUAAAUCGCUUCAUCCCAGGGACCAGUGCCAGCGACGCCCACUUCCAGGCCGACCUCCUGGAGGGUCUGAUGCUGGAACCAGGACCGCAUGGAGGAAGCUGUGAGCUGAGGAUCUACAGCAGCGCUGAGAGGGAGGCCAUGGACCGACUCAGCUUGGACGAGCGCUACCAGCCUCCUGGGUCACAUACAGGGGAGCUUCUUGGGAUGGAGUACCUUUACAGUCAGUCUGGUCGUUCGCUGACUGUAAUGGACAACCCAGAGGAAGAGGAUCGGCUGGUGGAGCUGAUGGAUGAUGAGGCGGUGCGCGAUGAAGGCUUUGUGGAGGAGGAACCCGAGAACCUGACCGUGCCCGUCCUCUUUGCUCCAGAACACAGCAGCGUCCAGCAGGCCUCCAGCCCCUCUUCCUCUGCACCGUCCACAUCCAGCCGAGGAGAUCUACGUCAGCGCCUCAACCAGAGUCCUCUGCCUCCUCCUCUGCCUCCUCCUCUGCCUCCUCCCCUGCCUCCUCCUCUGCCUCCUCCUCUGCCUCCUCCUCUGCCUCCUCCUCUGCCUCCUCCUCUGCCUCCUCCUCUGCCUCCUCCCCUGCAGCGCCCUGUCCAGCCAACUGGAGCCUCUGGUCCUGCAGCAUCAGCUGGGUCCAGCGUUGCAGACCAGGCCCCUGCUGCAGUCCUCGGACCUGACGGCAUCCCAGGCUGGGAUAAGGUCCAGGACUUGGCCGAGUACCUGGUGACCCUGCGUCAGGCUCUCUACCUGGACGAGCAGCAGGUCAGAGGUCAUCUGCCUGUGACCUCUGACCUGGACAAGAGGAGGAUCAAUUACCAACCCAGGCACCAAGCCAAGCUGGCACACGGCCGCUUUAAGGCCCCCAAGAAUACGGGCGUCACCCCGGGUGUGGACAGUGUCAAGAGGAGCCUGAUUGGUCCUCCAGGGGGACCGGCUCAGUGGCCCAGCACCAGUCGUCUAGUUGAGGCUCUGUGCAUUAAAUUGUGUUCAUUGCACAAGUCCCCAACAAAAAAGGAUGGAGUGCGGCUUCCUCGGUGGACCAAAGUUCUCACCGACUACCACCACAUCUGAGACCUGGUGCUGGACUGCCCCCCCCUGAUGGAGGCCACCUCUCUGCAGCUUUUUGUCCUCAAUCAGAGGACUCUGACACAGUGGUUUAAUCGAAGGGAGAGCACGCAGGAGAUUAGUAUCCUCACCCAGGGCCUUGCUGCAGAGGACCACAUCGUUGUGGCCAGCUCACAGCUGCCUCCUCCGCGGGAGAAGCUGGACGAAGCGCCGUCCCCCUCAGGACUCCAGCAUGAGUUUGCCCUCCCGCCAAACAGAGCAGGUAAGGCUCCUAAGCUGCGGCCAGGCAGACGACCUGCUAGUGCCACCGUCCUGCAGCCCGUCACCCCAGCAGUUCCUCUUCCUAUCCCAGCUCAGCUUCUUUUAUUGAACCCUGGGUCGACAGUGAUGGCAGCAGGUCAUCACAGGGCUGCUCCUCCCCUGGCUCCUUAUUUAACACCUGCCACACAGGUGGCUCCUGCACCCACUGCUCCUGCGUCUGUGUCCCGCUUCACUGAGAGGAACAGGCGACGCAGGGCAGAAGAGGAGGCCACCGGGAGCCAGAAACGAAAGUAUGUGCGAGAAGUGGCUUUUAACAAGUGCAGCAAAUGUGGGCAGCCAAAAACAAAAGAGUUUGGCCACAGCCGAUUUGGCAGCGCCACUUUCUGCCCCAGUGCUUCAGGGGCAAAUCCUUGGAGCAGUGGCUGGUAGAACAGCGGCAGCUGAAGAAACCAGGAAACCCACCCUAAUAAUGAU